AUGCCUAAGUUUGUACCUCGUCAGAGGAAGCAGAAGCACAGGCAGAAGGAGGCGGCAGAUGCUGCGGUCGACAGCAAUGCCGCUGAAGUUUUGCCCAUCUCUAAAGAACAGAAGGAAGCCAAAAGGCAGAAGCUGAGAGAGGAAUUGAGAGCGCAACACACCAAAAUCUCAGCAAAGAAACAAAAACGCUUAGAUAAAUAUAUUGAAAAUAAACUCAAGAAAGAAGAAAAUGUUGAACUGCUCAAGAAGCUUGAAAAAACAACUUUGGACACCUCCAAGUUUGAGAGUUCUAGAGAAAUAGGGAAGCGCAAAAGACUUGACGAAAACGGUACCAUUGAAGCAUCUAGGCAUACACAUGACAGUGCCCUCCAUAAUGUGGAGUUGUCGGGCGACGAAUCAGAUGAUUCACUCCCACCUUCGGGGACAAAUUUCGCUAUUCCUAAGGCACAAGCUCCCACUGAGAAGCCGACAGAACAUGUCGUGGUUGGUAGCGGGUUGAAACGCCCUCUCGAACUUGGAGCGGACGGAUUUCCUGUCCUCAAAAAGCGCAAACGAGCGCCGAAAUUGAAAACGAAGGCCACCAAGAUACAAGAGUUACCGUGGGAGGGAUUUGACUCGGAUGAAGGCGAAAAUGAGAGCGAGAUCAGCAGCGCCUCAGAUGAUCAGAAACGCAAAGACGAAGACGCGGAAGCACUGGAUAGGGUGAAUGAAGACGAGGAUGAGGACUCUUCAGAGGGCCUUUCUGAGGAUGACCAAAGCGAAAAUGAGGAUGAGGAUGAAGAAGAGGAAGAAGAAAGCGACGACGAUGAUGAGAACGAAGGCGAUGAGGAAGAAGAGGAGGACGACAGUACCAGCAACCAGCCUCGCCAGUCCGCAUUCAAAGCUUGGGCCAGACAACAAAUCAACGAAACAGUCGGUUUCAAGCCCACUACCGGUCCUAUCGUAUCAGAAGAGCAACCCUUCGACCCCAAAUUGAAAGAAAAGCCUGUGCGGAAUACUGUUUACGAAGAAGAACCACUGCCCGCAGAACUUCAAGUUACCAAAGGCAACCCCUACAGAAAGGCAUUCCAUGUCCAAGUUGACCGCUCGGAGGAUAUACAAAAUGCACGGUUGGGGUUGCCCGUGGUCGGAGAAGAACAGAAAAUUAUGGAGGCAAUCUACAACAAUUCCUCUGUCGUUAUAUGGGGUGCUACUGGUAGCGGGAAAACUACCCAGUUACCACAAUUUCUGUUUGAAGCUGGCUUUGGAAACCCGGAUAGCCCUAAUCCGGGCAUGAUAGCGGUAACGCAACCUCGUCGAGUUGCUGCUGUCAGUAUGGCGAAACGUGUAGGUGAUGAGUUGGGUCAGUUCUCUGAUCGAGUAUCUUAUCAGAUUCGAUUUGAGAGCACUGUCUCGAAAAAGACCGCAAUCAAAUUCAUGACUGAUGGUAUCCUGAUCCGAGAAAUUGCGGAAGACUUCUCGUUGAGCAAAUAUUCUAUCAUCGUUAUCGAUGAGGCUCACGAACGGAGUGUUAACACAGAUAUCCUCAUUGGUAUGGUGAGCCGUAUUGUGGAUCUGAGGAAAGCUAUGAAUGAGGAAGACCCGGCUGUGAAACCUUUAAAACUCGUGGUCAUGUCUGCCACUCUGCGAAUCUCCGACUUUACCCAAAAUCCCAAUCUCUUCCGCCAGGGACCACCGCCUUUGGUUCAAGCAGAAGGUCGCCAAUACCCCGUUACGGUGCAUUUUUCCCGACGUACACGCAGGGAUUACGUUGAGGAGGCGUACCGGAAAGUCUCGAGAGGUCAUCGUAAGCUGCCUCCAGGAGGCAUGCUUGUCUUUUUGACAGGACAGAAUGAAAUCCGACAACUUUCUAAGCGCUUGAAGCAGGCCUUCAAGCCUACGCAGCGGGGUGGGGAAACUGAGGCUAAAGUGCAGAUCUCUGCGAACGAUGCACCACUGGAAGCGGAAGAUCUAGACAUUGGGGACGCUGAUCUUUCCAAGGUUGGCAACGAAGAUGACGACAGUGACCUCGAAAUUACCGGUCUAGAUAACGACGAUGAUGACGAUGAUGGCUUUGACCUCGGCGAAGAAGCAAUGGGAUCAUCCACCCGAGUGCAUGUUUUACCGUUGUACUCCCAACUUCCCACAAAGGAACAGCUGAGAGUUUUUGAACCACCGCCCGAGGGCUCACGUCUCAUCAUUCUAGCGACUAACGUGGCCGAGACUAGUUUAACAAUCCCGGGUAUACGAUAUGUGUUUGAUUGUGGGCGGGCCAAGGAGAAACAGUACGAUUUAGAUACAGGAGUGCAGAAGUUUCAGGUCAACUGGAUCAGCAAGGCCAGUGCCAAUCAAAGAGCAGGACGAGCUGGUAGAACUGGGCCCGGCCACUGCUAUCGACUCUACUCAUCUGCAGUCUACGAGAAUGAAUUUGCUCAAUACACAGAUCCAGAGAUUCUACGCACGCCAAUUGAAGGUGUCGUGCUUCAGAUGAAGAGUAUGGGCCUUCACAACGUUAUUAAUUUCCCAUUCCCAACACCUCCUAGUCGGCAGGGUCUGGCGAAAGCCGAGAAGCUCCUCAGAAAUCUCGGUGCUCUUUCGUCCGAUGGCAAAGUUACGCAAAUCGGUAAUCGCCUGUCUACAUACCCUCUGUCCCCUAGGUUCGGUAAGAUGUUGCAUAUUGGUCAUCAGCACGGCUGUAUGCCCUACGUUAUUGCGCUGGUUGCAGCCUUGGCAGUCGGCGACCUUUUUGUUCCAGAAAACCAGAUCGAUCCGAACCCCAAGGGAGAUGACAAAGAGAAAGACGCGGUGUACACGAACUCAGAUCGGUUGGAAGACACAGUUCGGGAGCAACGUCAUAAGGACUUUGCAAGAGCUCAUCGACUCUGGAGUCAAUACGAUGAUACGUCCGAUGCGUUGAAGUUCUUGUCAGCGAUUUGCGCCUACGGAUAUGCUUCUGAUGGAGAAUCGUUCUGUGAAAAGAUGUUCUUACGGGGCAAAGGAUUUAAAGAGGCCACGCAACUACGAAGUCAAUUGACAGACAUAGUGCGGGCCAAUAACCCUGGAGUUAUCGGAGCGUAUCAGCCACGUUUACCACAGCCGUCAGAGAAGCAAAUUAAGGCUUUGAAACAAAUUGUCACAGCGGGAUUCAUCGAUAAUGUUGCCAUCCGGGCUGAUCUGUCUCCAGUACCGCCUGAAAUGCAUCGUACACCGAAGAGAGCGAUCGAUGUUCCAUACUUGACGCUUUUCAAGUCUCGCGAGGGACCGGCCACGGAACUCGAUGAGAAGGCUGUUUACGUGCAUCCGUCAUCUAUCCUUGCGAGUCUCUCACCGAAGGAAAUGCCACAAUACAUCGUAUAUUCCCAUCUUCAACAAGCAUCCCCAUCGCUCGUGUCGACCGAAGUACCCAAAGUCAGAAUGUUCCCACUGGUUUGCCCUAGCGGCCUGCAACUCUCCGCCAUUGCACACGGCACACCCCUAAUAGAGUACGGUAAGCCUAUUGGAAAAACAGAACUGAUUGACGGAAUUCCGCCACGCAGGGCGUGCUGGGUAAUCCCGUCCCUGGUAAGUGAGGCUGGACGUGGAGGAUGGCCUUUGCCAGCCAAGAAGGUGGUCCAAAAGAAAGACCCUAAAGAGGGCUGGAUAAUCGAAAAGUUUGGCGCUUAA